CGAAGUUCCUGGCCAAUGGUGGUGCAGGAGGCGGGACUUAGAGGUUAUGGGGAAAACAGCGCGUGUGUGAAGCUGUCACUCAGUGGCCUGAGAAAUGGCGCAGUCGUAGCUGUCCGGUUAUUCCCGGCACACACUCACACACUCACACACUCACGCGCAGGACAGAAGGAGAGACCUCGUGGUAACCAUGGGCCACGGUGUGGGCUGAGGAUCCGGAGGGCUUUACACACACCUACUGCUUCCACGUCCGUGUAUGACAUGGCCACGGCCCUAUCCAGAUCAGACUGUCGCAAUAACCACGGAAGGACGUCUCAGCUCCAUGCCAUCGUUUUAUGUGCCAAACUCAAGCGGAAGAAGAACUGGUUCGGGGCGACCGUGUACGUGGAGGUGACGGCGGAGGGAGAGAGCCGGAAGACGACCAAGUCUCACAACCCCUCCAGCCCCAAGUGGGAGGAUCGUCUCACUCUGAAUGUAACGCCACAUUCGCAGUUGGAGUUUAAAGUAUGGACCCAUCACACUUUAAAGGCAGAUGCUCUGCUAGGGAAAGCCACUCUGGACCUGCGCCAAGCCCUGGAGCAACACGACAGGAAACUUGAAAAUGUAAAGGAGGUGCUAAAACUGACUCUGGAGAACAAAAAUGGCAUGGUGACGUCCGGAGAGCUCACGGUCAUCCUGGACGGCCUCGCCGUAGACCAGGAGCCUCUACACAACGGAAACGUCACCACGGCAACCAAAGUUCAGCAGAACGGAGAUGCUAUUCAUGAGAACGGGGAGGAGACUGCCAGAGCUCAGAACAGCUCGGUGAACGGCACACACGGAGUGGAGAGCGAAGCCCCGUCCACCUCCUCCGGCAACAGCGAAGGCAGCACAGCCCCCGUUGUCAACGGCGACGCGGAGUCCACGCCCACACACCAGACAGCUACGUCUACCACGAAUCCUGCUGACCGAAGCGUGCCAAGUACGACUGUUAAUGGGGAGAAUUCUGAGCUUGAUGCCACUUCAGAAGAGCCGGUGCUGCCCCCUGCAGGUGGGACUGAGGAAGAGAAUGAAUCUGCCUCCACUCUCCCCUCCAUCUCCACCUCCUCUCCACACCAGUCUGCAGCCGUAUCCUGCAGCACUCAGCCCAGCAGUGACGCUGCCUCCUCUUCCUCAUCUGCGCCCAGUCAGACAGUAGCUGCUGCUGCUUCAUCCUCCAGCUCCGCAGCAGAAGCUGCUUCAGACACCAGCACGGUCACAGAUGGAGCCAAACCUCGACAGCAGCCGCCCAACGUCAGCACUUCAGACCCUUUGCCUUCCGGGUGGGAACAGAGGAAGGACCCACAUGGACGGACGUACUACGUCGAUCACAAUACAAGAACCACAACGUGGGAAAGACCACAGCCUCUGCCACCGGGUUGGGAGAGGCGAGUGGAUACUCGCGGCCGGAUCUACUACGUAGACCACAACACGCGGACCACCACGUGGCAGCGGCCAACGAUGGAGUCGGUGCGCAACUUUGAACAGUGGCAGUCCCAGAGAAGCCAGCUACAGGGAGCUAUGCACCAGUUCAACCAGAGAUACCUCUACUCGGCUUCAAUGAUGUCUGCAGAAAACGACCCCCUGGGUCCGCUACCUCCUGGUUGGGAGAGACGCGUGGAUUCAAACGAUCGAGUGUAUUUCGUCAAUCACAACACGAAGACCACUCAAUGGGAAGACCCUCGCACACAAGGGCUGCAGAACGAGGAUCCUCUGCCUGAAGGCUGGGAGAUCCGUUAUACAAGAGAAGGCGUGCGCUACUUUGUGGAUCACAACACUCGCACCACAACGUUCAGUGACCCAAGGACUGGCAAGUCCUCUGUCACUAAAGGGCCCCAGAUAGCAUACGAGCGCAGCUUCCGAUGGAAACUAGCUCACUUCCGCUACCUGUGCCAGUCCAACGCGCUACCCAGUCAUGUUAAGAUCACAGUCUCUAGACAGACAUUGUUCGAAGACUCUUUCCAGCAAAUCAUGGCUCUGAAGCCGUAUGACCUUAGGAGAAGGCUUUACAUCAUUUUCAGAGGGGAGGAGGGACUCGACUAUGGAGGCCUUGCCAGGGAGUGGUUUUUCCUCCUCUCACAUGAGGUCCUGAACCCCAUGUACUGUCUGUUUGAGUAUGCCGGCAAGAGCAACUACUGUCUACAGAUAAAUCCUGCGUCCACCAUCAACCCAGAUCACCUGUCCUACUUCUGCUUCAUCGGCCGCUUCAUCGCCAUGGCGCUGUUCCAUGGAAAGUUCAUCGAUACAGGCUUCUCCCUGCCCUUUUACAAGCGCAUGCUCAACAAGAAGCUCCUCCUUAAAGACCUGGAGUCCAUCGACCCGGAGUUCUACAACUCGCUGAUCUGGAUCCGAGACAACAACAUAGAGGAGUGCAGUUUGGAAAUGUACUUCACUGUCGACAUGGAGAUCCUGGGCAAAAUCACGUCCCACAACCUGAAACCAGACGGGGAUAACAUUCUGGUGACGGAGGAGAACAAGGAGGAGUACAUCGGGUUAAUGGCAGAGUGGCGCUUCUCACGAGGUGUUGAGGGUCAGACCAAAGCGUUUCUGGACGGCUUUAACGAGGUGGUUCCGCUGCAGUGGCUGCAGUAUUUUGACGAAAAGGAGUUGGAGGUGAUGCUUUGCGGGAUGCUGGAGGUGGAUCUGCAGGACUGGCAGAGAAACACUGUGUAUCGCCACUAUACCAGGAACAGCAAACAGAUCAUGUGGUUCUGGCAGUUCGUGAAGGAGGUGGACAACGAGGUUCGUUUGCGGCUGCUGCAAUUCGUCACGGGCACCUGCAGACUUCCCCUGGGGGGUUUCGCCGAACUCAUGGGGAGUAACGGACCUCAGAAGUUCUGCAUCGAGAAGGUCGGCAAGGAGACUUGGCUUCCCCGGAGUCACACAUGCUUUAAUCGCCUGGACCUUCCCCCGUACAAAAGCUUCGAACAGUUAAAAGAGAAGCUGCUUUUCGCCAUCGAGGAAACCGAAGGAUUCGGACAAGAGUAGAGAACCGUCCUCUCCGCAGCAGCGCUUCUGGCAGGACGGGGGGAGGGGGAAAAAAAACACACACACACACACACACACGAGAAAAGAAAAUUGCACAGAGAACUAUCAAUGUACAUAAGCUAUUUUGUCAUUUUAAACCAAAUCUUAAUCCGAAACCUCGUUUAGCAAUCUCCAUAACAUUAUUCCCCAUGAUUAUGCAAGCAUUUUAGCUUCUUUUGUUUUGUUUUUUUCCUUAUCUUAAAGCAGAAAUCUAAUUGGUUAUUGGUUGGUUUGUUUUUUUUUUUUUUAAGGGGAUUGACACACGCGCACACACACACACACACACACACACACACACACACACAAAAGAGAGGAUUUUAUAAUUAAAACCAUAACUACAGCUCUAGUUUUAUAGAGCUCGUGAAGAAUGAUUGUAGAGUUCAGUCCAGUGCCUGGGUUUUUUUUUUUUUUUUUUUUUUUUUUUUUUUUUUUUUUUUAAAUAUUAUUAUUAUUAUUAUUAUUAUUAUUAUUAUUAUUAUUUUCCGUUUGAGCUUAAAUUGUGUUUGUGCUGCAGUUGCAUGGCUGUCUCCAGAGAAGAUCAACCUUCUCCCCUUCCCUCCCCGUCUCCCCGAGACACACGAAACUCCAUGCAGUAAAUCCAUAAUCCAUGUGGCAUAUCAUCAAAACACACGGGACAGUAUUGCAGUUGUCACUUUAGACCGAAAGUAUUUUUUUUUUUUCUUUCUUUCUUCUUCUUUCUCUCUCCUCAGCUGCUGCACAUUUAGAGUACACGUUCUUAGACAGGAGUUCCCAGUGAAAGGACGAAGCCGCUCGCUCCCUGCACGUCACGGCUGUUCAUUUACACUGAGGGCUUUAACAGGACUAGAUCGAGGGAGACGGGACUGAUGUUCCGUUAGCACGUUUUAGAUAAGAGACGAGCAGAGUGAGAACACCGCUGCGCAAAACGUCCAUCGUCGUUCUCUUGACGUAUAGGAAUAAUAGUCGCAUGAAGUCGUGGUGUUGGGUUUUUUUUUUAUAUAUAUUUUUUUUUAAAUAAAUGUGACCAGCUUUAUCUGAAGCAGAAACAAUCACGAGUUCUAGAUUUGCCCGAAACGCAACUCGUCCCUGUAGCUAAGAGAAUCGAACGGAACCCGUCGUGUCGAUUGUGGAGCUGAAGAGAAGUUCACUGUGGCAACAAAUCACUGUGCGAGUAUUUGAAAUAUUAAAGAACACCACCCUCGAACGAUUUGCAUAUUCGUGACGAAAUCCAAAAUCGACCCGCCUUCCUGUCACUAUGUUGGUCUGUUUUUCCCUAAACUGAGGAUUGGGAUGAAUCCCUCGCUUCAUCUCCGCUUCAAGAGAGCGACGCAGCCGCGCUCUCAGUCUGUCCAGCUCUCUCGCCGUCUGCUCAAACAGAUCAGCCUCAGCGUCCAUGCUGGAAACCACCACCAAACACCAUCGCCAUCUUGUGUACCGGUAACUAGCCGAGCCGCGUCCCGAGACCUCGAGUCCCGGCUUUAAGUUCACGCCGACGUCUCCGCUACUUCCGCGUGACAUUUAAACCGUCCUGGAAAACGGUGAGGGAGAAGCUCUCUCACUGUGGGCUCGGUGACGUCUACAGUAGUGUUCAGGAGUGUGAGAACAGGCAGCAGAGGAUAAAUUCGCAUCACUGAAGCUUCCAUGCAAGGCUUUCACGGCGCUACUCGUUUGACCUCGGUUUCCUUUCAGUUCAUUUCUCUCUCCUGUUUUCGUUCCUUCAUUGACGAGGUGACGUACACAGAUUGUGAACCAGCAGCUAACAACACUGAACAUUUAGACUGUGGAGCGUGAAGCUUGAAACUAAAAAAUGAUGUAACUAACAAACAACCCUUUUCAACAUGUUUAAGUAAGAAUGAGGUCUGGCCAUUUAAAAAAAAAUUUAUAUAUAUAUAUAUAUAUAUAUAAUUACAUACACAUCUUCCAUUGUACCUUUUGUUUUAAAAGAAACCGAAAUGCCAGUAUGUGAUUUCAUUGUGCUUUAGAAAUAAAGACAUUUUCUAUUUAAGCAAGUACAUAGAUUUUAAAGACCACUUUUUUUUUUGUGCAGUACCUCGACAGGAACAAGAGACGUUGCUUUUUUUUCUUUUUUUUUUCUUCUUUUUUUUAAAAAUUAAUUUCUUUGCCCCAGGUGUCUGGUUGUCGAGUAUGUUUGUCUUUCCCAUGAACUGAUGCAUGAACAUGUCUCACAGCUAACCCUGAGUUUAUUACAGACUUGAAUGCUACAGGCUGUUUAAACUUGUAUUUUUUUUUUUUAAUUGUCCGUUAUAUAUAAUUAUUUUAUUUUUUUUGUUCCUUUUGUUUUGAAAUGUGAAACCUACCAAAAUCUGCCUCUGGUGCUUUUCUGCCACAUUACUAGAACAGGGAGAAGUUCUGUCCACUUCAACGAGUGAGUUUGUCAGAGAGCUGCUACUGUUGUGUUAUGAUCCAGUCGUUACAGUAAAGUUCCUCACCAAUGUUGGACAAGUUCCCAUGCGUUCAUUAAUAAUAAUAAUUAAUAAAAGGAUGUGCACUUCAGAGUUUGGUGAGACAGGAUGCGGAUCACUUUGUCUCGGCAACCGAUGGCUUAAACAACAGCAAGUACACCUCCUCACUAUGGCAUCGUGCUUCUGUCUGAACAAAUCAGCAAAACAGUGUAUCAGGAAGGAAUAAAACACUUCAGGACUUGCUGUUAUAGUGUGAAAAUGAUCCAUGAUAAUGAAGCAGAGUUACUGUUACCACCUCAGUGUUUGAUUAUUUUUCUAUAACACAUCCUGGUGUUUCAUUCCUCUUAAACCACAGUGAUUGCCAAUUUUGACUUUAAUUAAUUGGUGUUAUCUUUUUACCUGACUAUAGUUACGUUUAACACUGAACAUCCACAAGACUAACUAGUUAGUUCCCAUUAUAGCAGCUAUAAACUUGAACAAGUAAAUAAGACAAAUAUGGCAGUUUGAAAUGUUGCCAGACGAUUGCAAAAUCCUCUGUCCUGAAGACUCUUCUGUGGUGGAAAAUCUGCUGCUACUCGAGACUCCUCAUUUACUUAAAUGUUAAAUAAAUGUCUCCUUACAGAAAACUUUACCGUUUUUAAUCAGGAUCUUUUUUUUCUUGUCCAUUUAGUAGUAGGCUUAAAUUAUUGUGAAGCAUACAAGUCCCUAUAACCAAGCGCUUACUAUAGAAACAUAUCAAGUGUAACAUUAGUGAGCACACUACCCCUCAUAUCUCUAUGUGCUUGCUGAACAGCCCAUGCCAGAUUUAGUCCCUAUUUUCUGUUAGAAUAACCUCAAUUAGAUCAUGGAGAGUGGCUGUGGGGAUGUGUGUUCAUUCAGCUACAAGAGCGUUAGUGAGAUCAGACACUGAUGUGUGAGGAGGUCUGGGGUGCAGUCAGUGUUCAGUGAGGUUGUGGUCAGGGCUCAGGCUCACACCAUGUCUUGAUGGAGCUCUUACACAUUCUAUACAAUUGUGUGCUUUAAACAUUGUGGCAAAAAAAGUUUCUGGAAGACCCACAUAUGACCGGGAUGGUCAGGUGUCCACAAACUUUUAGCCAUAUAGCGUAUGACUUGGAUAAAUUCUGUAAACGCAUGCACGGAUCUGGUUUUCUUGACCCAUUUAAAUAUAUGAGGAAAGGAUGCAGAGGGAAUAUUUUUAUUCUAGAGAACCAUAUUUAAUAAAUCUGUUUUUCUAAACUUGACUUCCAAAUGCUAUGAGUAAUAGUUUAGGCAGACAGGAUUGGUCACAUUACACUCAGUGUAAUUCAAAUCAUUAGUACUUUGUUAUUAUGUCUAUAAUAAAAGCUCGUUUUAAACCCAAGACAAUAAUCAAAAGGUUACGUGUUCCCUGUUAAGG